CCGCAACCAAUCAAGCUCCACCCCUCUACGGGGCGGGAGUGUGAAGGGGUGCGCACGCGCGCUGGCUGAGUGGUGGAGGCCACCGGCCCGUCAAACUUUUGCUAUGGCAGGCCAUGGCGGGGCCGAGACGGUGCUCUUUAAACGCGGCGCCGGACAGAGCGACGAUUCGGACAUCUGGGAUGACACCGCCCUGAUAAAGGCGUACGAUAGAGCGGUGGCGUCAUUUAAGAAUGCUCUAAAGAAUGGUGAGUGUUCAGAGCCUUCAGACAAACAAGAACAAUGCUCAGGGACAAAGAGAAAAAAUAAUAAAAAGAACAGAAGUAGGAAGAAAAGCAACGCAGCACCAUUGAAGCAGUGGAGAGUUGGUGAUGCCUGUAAUGCAGUUUGGUCUGAGGAUGGUAAUGUGUACCUGGCAACUAUUGCCUCGAUCAAUCAGAAGAGAGGAACCUGUGUUGCUGUUUACACUGGGUACGGAAAUAGGGAAGAGCACAAUCUAUCUGAUCUACUUCUUCCCAACACGGUUGAAAAAGAAAAUGAGGAGCAGAAUGCCGGGGAGAAUGAAAAUGAAACUCAGUAUUCAACAGAUGAAAGUGAAAAGUGCUCCCAAUCACCUGGAAACAAAUACAACUCUACCAAAUUAAAAUCCUCUCACUGGAACUCCCAUUUUCCACCUCCUCCACCACCAGGCCUGGAAAGGCCUGGACCAAAAUUUAGUGGACCACCACCCUUCUUAUCAAGCUGCCUCCCACCAUUCCCAACAGGACCACCGUUGAUUCCUCCUCCACCACCCAUGGGUCCAGAUUCUCCUGAAGAUGAGGAAGCUUUGGGAAGUAUGUUAAUAGCCUGGUAUAUGAGUGGUUAUCACACCGGCUACUAUCUGGGUUUAAAACAGAGCCGAAUGGAAGCUGCCUUGGAGAGAUGUCCUCACCCUAAAUAAUUGAAUAUCACUUACUAUCUUGAGCAAUUGAGAUUCAACUCAAUCAGAAACCAGAGCUCCUACGUAUUAUCUGUCCAGCUCAUCUGAUUAAUGCCGCGCUGUCAGCAGCUACUGCUACAGAAGAAAUGAAAGAUGUGAAAUUUUGCAUCACUGGAUUCGGGGCCAUUUUCAAGCAUGCAAACAAACUGAAGGCUUUGUUUAACACAGUGCGAGUUGAGUGCAGAGCCAAUUGCCGAUUAACUACCCCUGGGUUGGGCCACAUUGGUGGAUGAGCUUGCAUUUCGCUGUUUGUUAUGUAAAUGACACAUGGACUGGCAAAUAACCAAAAUAAGUGCUAGAUUCUGUGCACCAAGGUAAUACUCAUUGUUGAAAACUUGGGAGUCACUUGUGACACAGAAAACACUAAAAUUUUCUCCAACUACUGCCAACACAUUUGCUAGUACAGAUAUCUACUGGAUCCUGAGAACCAAAAUCUCAGCUGAACUGAGCACAAAAGCUGCAGGAGAAACAUAUGGCAAGAAAACCCAGCUGUUUCUGGAAAUCCCUCCCACCCUGGAACACAAGAAAAUCAAACAAGCACUCAAAACCUUCAACACAACACAGCCAGAAAUAGGAGACGACCGUGGCCUAUAAUCUGAAACCCAAAGUGUUUGGUGCCAAAGAUUCUUUUUGGAAUGUCAUCCAGAUAUUGCACCCUUUCCUCAAGAUGAAUUUUGCAGCAGACUAUGACUGUUAUACCAGAGUAUUUCAACCAUUUGCUACUAAAGAUAAAAUUUCAAAUCUGAAAGGGGCAUUUACUAAUUCCAUGAACUUCCCUAACCCUGACGAUACGAAACUGGAUGUUCUGGCUUCUUAGAACAACAUCAAGACAUACUUCCCAACUUCAGCAAAGUGGCACAGCAAGCUAUGAGUGUAUCCCCUGAAUCUAUUGAUGCAGAGUGCAUAUUUUCAAAGUUGGACUAAUUCCAUGACAACAAGAGGCUCAACAUGAAUGAGGAUACUUUGAAGAAAAUUAUGCAAGCAUACGCGAACCAGGAUUUCUGGAAAAACUAUAAGCUCUGAGAAACACAAAAUAUACCUUUGUAUACAAAAAAAAGUUUCAAUUAUACUGUAGUAAAAUAUAUAUAUUACAAACUUU